AUGACAGAGAGGUGUUUCUCUUGUUUUUCUGCACAGGUAAGGGAAGAAAUAGAAAAGUUUGGAAUUAAGACAUAUCAGUUUCCAGAGUGUGAUUCUGAUGAGGACGAUGAAUUUAAGCAACGAGACAAAGAAUUAAAGGAAAGCUCUCCAUUUGCAGUGAUUGGCAGUAAUACAGUAGUUGAAGCCCGUGGCCAGAGAGUACGAGGACGUUUGUAUCCAUGGGGCAUUGUAGAAGUUGAAAACCAGGCACACUGUGACUUUGUGAAGCUAAGGAAUAUGCUGAUCCGGACACACAUGCACGAUCUGAAGGAUGUAACCUGCGACGUUCACUACGAGAACUAUAGAGCGCAGUGCAUACAACAGAUGACAAGUAAGCUGACUCAGGAUAACAGAAUAGAAAGUCCCAUUCCGAUCCUCCCUCUGCCAACACCUGACUCCGAGACAGAGAUGCUCAUUAGGAAGAAAGAUGAGGAGUUACGAAAAAUGCAAGAGAUGCUGCAGAAGAUGCAACAGCAGAUGCAGGAACAAUGAGAAUGGUGAUGCCUCAAGAGAAAGCAACAAGAAUUAUUACCUGCUACUUGGACAAGAUGUUUGGGGGAGGAAGAGUUGAUAGGGGUAAUGCUACUGCUCAGCUGUAUAAAGACUGUUAUCUUGGGCUUAUCAACUCUAUGGGCCUGUUCUCUGUAAAACUGCAAAGUUACUCCUCCGUGGGGGCAGAAGGGCAGUCAGACCAUGAUGUACAUGGAUACAAGUUUACCCAUUCCACCAAAAAAAAAAAAAAAAAAACAGAAAAAAAGAAAAAAAAAAAGAAAACAGAAAAAAAUGGGGGAAUGUGUUUUUGUAAAAGAAUGAAGUAUUAAGCACUUUUCCAUGUUUUAAGGUUGUAGUUAAUGGUUGUUGAAAGUACUCACUUGUGGUAUGUUCAUCACAGUUUGUAUUUAAUAUGCACUCAGAAAAUUUUGUUUAUUUGCAUGUUGACACUCCUGCACAGUGAAAGUUCUGCUACCUGACAUUCACUCACACACAGCCUUUUUAAAGUUCUGUUUAUAAUUUUUUUGUUAUAAUGGGUUUUGCUUUUUAAGUCUCUCUGAAGGUUGAUUUACGUGGUGACCACUGGUGUAACCUUCAAAGUUUGCCAUUGACUUCAGACAUUUCCGAGUAAUCAUUAUCUGCUGUGAAUGUCAUUCACUGGCAUGUUAUAAGAACUGAUAAUUGCACUGGAGAGACUUGAUUGGGACCAAUAAAAUGUUAAAUACUAUGCUUUUUUGAAACUGUUAUAAGAUCCAUAUCUCACAGAGAUACCUCAGCAAAGUAUAUUACAUGACAUAUAUGGAAAGCUUGGGAACUCAGUAUGUUACAGUGAGAGCACACUUUUAUUAAGCCCCACAGGCUUUAUUAAAUCAGACCCAUGUGUAUGCAGGUAAACUAUUCAAAAUGCUUAUAGAGUUGAAUGAUAUACUGGGAGAAGGAUGCAUAAUGCUGCCUUUUAUACUGUUAUCCAGAACAAACUGUAGAUUAAGCUGGAGGUAGACUGUUUUUAAUAAAUAGGUAAUUUUAGAACAGUACAAUUAUAGUACUCUUGUCAGAGUGUGAUGUUUGAACAUUUAACAUUCAGCACAACAGUCAUAUAGAUCCUACAUACAAUUUUUAUUUGAAGAGCAACACAUCUUGAAACUGGAGCACUCUUUACUACAACCUCUGUGGUUCACAUUUACUGGAUAAACAGUAUCCUGCUGUCAGAUAAGAACCCAAGACCUACUGACAAACAUAGGUAGUUACUACCGGCUAAGCUAAGACAUACCAAACUAUGUCAAGUUUAUGCUGGAUUAACAUUCUGCAUUACUCGUCCUAAACCGUUAAUUACGUUGCCUGAUUGGAGCCUUGCAUCUCAGCAGUGGCUACGUGCUUAGGUGUUGCCAAAGUUCCUGAAAAUGAGACGCUAAAAGCAUUUAUACUAUAGCAAUCUAUACUGAUCUGGAAAAACAGUAUAUGAGGAUUUGGAGGACAUCAGAGAAUUGUAGGCAUGCUGAUUCUGUCUUCUUGUAAUAUCCGUAGUUUUAAGAAAGUGACAGAAAUUAAUUUAUUUAUAUGGCACUGGGAUAGAGCUGUAUUAUAGAAGAGUGGUGCAUCUGUCACAGGACUAUUCUGUGUUGGCUAGGAGACUGUAUUGCUACAGGAAUAUUCUAAAUGCAGUCUUGACACUGACAGAUCAUGUUGUGUACUUUUUCAUGAGAGCCUACUAGACUGACCAAUGAAUUUUAUAAGGAAUUGUGCUAUAUCAUAACAGUUUGCCUUAAUAAAAUAUGUGCCUGGUUAGUGGCCCAUUCAGUUCACACACUGAUUUCUGCUUUCUGACCAUCUCCUUGAUUAUUUAAAGUGAAAUAGUCAGGUGUACUGAGUUCAGCAAGCUCUGUUUUAUAGAACAAUAACAAGUAUAUAAAGUAUUGCAUAAUUCAAAACAUGCACAAAAAACUGUUACGGUAUUGCUGUAAAUAAAUGUUUUAAUGUACCAUGAAA